UCAACAUUUAUACUGUUUUUUUUUUUUUUUUGGCAGUUUACUGCCUUUAAAACUUUAGCCGCUUGAUGUGAGUGGUGUUUGUUUUCAUUGCCACUUGUCACGAUAGGGUUUUGCCACGUUUUUUUUUCUUUUUUAUAAAAAAAAAGUAAUUGUUUUGAUUUUGACGGUUAUGUGUUAUGAUGAAAAAGUGUUGUAUUUAUGUAUUUUUCUUUUAUUUUUUUCAUAUUAUUUUCGAAUCUAAAUUUUGUAAUUGGUAUUCUCUCUCAUUUCAACUGUUCAUCUUCUUCCCCAUUUUCCAGUUUGCUUAGACGGUUGUAAUAGUGGGUAGUUUUUUCAUUUUAAAAAAUUUCAAAUCCCAUCCCAUUAUCUUAAACUUCCCUCUCAUUUUCCCUCCCAUUUUUAUUAUUUUUGUCUAUAAAUACCUUCAUAGUUCUUCAUAAUGGCCGUUACUCGUUCAUCACCAUCUCCGGCCAAAGUUACAAAACCCAGAAAACAAUCCCAGAAAACCAGACCCAAAUCAAAAAUGGGUAAAAAAAAUCUGAAAGAGAACCCUCCUAGCCCCACUUCCCCUUCUGUUAAGAGAAAAACCAUUGCUGGACCUUCGAAGAACACUCGAGGAAAAAGACCUCGAACUGUUGUUGAAAAUUCAGACUCAGAUUUUGAGUUGGAUUCUGAAUUUCUUAAGUCGCCUGUUUCUGUUAAGGGCAAGGGUAAAUCCCCUGUGAAGGUGUUGCCAUCAUCAGGUGUUUCUGAAGAAAUUCCUGUUAAUAGGACGGUUGAGGAUUGGGAAUGCAAGUACACUCGAUCUCAAUUUUAUCAUUCUAGAGUAGUAACAUCUGGUUAUUACUCUGUUCUUGGUGACAUUAAGAGAAUUUUAACUGAAAGGCAAUUGGAAAUUUUUUCAAAAUCUGUGUUUGGUUAUUUUCUUCGAAUUCCUGAGUACAUAAUUCAUUACCAAUUGCUGCAUUGUUUGUUGUUGAGGGAGGUUCAGCAGCCUAAUGGGUUGGAGUUUUGGGUUUGUGUCCAAGGGAAAUACCUUAGGUUUAGUAUUGAAGAGUUUGCGUUGGUCACGGGGUUAGAUUGUCAUGUUGAUUCUGAUUUUUAUAAGUUUAAGCAAGAUGAUAAUGAAUUGGUCAAAUCUAGUUUUAAGGGGUACAAAAAAAUUACCAAGGCUGCUAUUCAGACUGCUUUUAUUGCUGACAAUCUUAAGGAUAACGACGAUCUUGCAGUCAAGUUGGCUGUAUUGUAUUUUGUGCAGUGUUAUUUGUUAGGUGGUCCCCCGGGUAAAGUUGUUUCGUUUGAGGAAAUAGAUGUUGUGGAUAGUGGUCGAUAUAAUGAAUUUGGGUGGGGCAAGCAUUGUUUUGAUAUCACUAUGCAUUCUUUGAAGGGUAAGAUAGAUUCUGGUUAUAAGAGGGUAGUUCGUAGUGACGAGGAUGGUGGGUAUUACAGUGUUAUCGGGUUUUCCUUUGGCUAUUCAAUUCUGGUUUUUCGAGUGUUGCCCGUAUGUUAUUGGGAAACUAUCCUUGUACUCAAAUGUUGGCAUUCCAAGGAUCUUGAAUUGGCCUAAAUUACCCAAGGACAAGGAGGGUAUGGUGAAAAUGGAUGUCAUGAACACCCUCAUUUUCGAUCGGUCUUUGAAAGAGGUAAUCCUGUUGUUUUUUAUUAUUUUUUCACUGUUGUUUUAAUGUUGUUUUUGUAUACAUUAUUUACACUUUAUGUUUUUAUUGUUGUUGUUAUUUUAUAAUUUCAGUUUCAUGUGCAUAUUGUUUUUUGUUGGUUUUUGUUGUUUCAGUUAAAAUUAAGAAACCUCACUCCAACUUCCGUUGAGAGAUUGAGUUUGAGCCUCACUGAUUUUUUCUCUGGUGAGACUACUCCCGAGGCUGUGAAAUUCAAAAUUAAAGGUGGUUCCAAGCCUGCUG